AUGUCUGAAGUCCAGAAGACUGUUGAGGAGACCCCGGUCGUCCCUACCGUUGAACCCGCCGUUGAGACUCCUGCCACCGAGACAGCGGUCGAAGCCCCCAAGGAGACCACUGAGGAACCCACAGCCACUCCCGCCAUUGAGAGCACCGAGGCUUCGGAGCCCGCCAAGGAGGAGGUGAAGCCCGCUAGCGAGGGUGUUCUGGGCCACAAAGGCCCUGGUCUGGUCAAGGGCUUCCGCUUCGUCAAGCGCUUCUUCUACUUCAACGAGGAGGCCACUGAGAGCAAGCACCUCUCUGUCUUCCACCAGAACGAGAAGUCCUCCGUCGCCAACCCCAUCGCCGCCUGGGCCACCCAGACCGGCAAGGGUCUCCUUUUCUUCACCAAGCGCGCUGAGGACAAGGCCACCCCCGCUGGCAUUUUCAACCUCGCCGAUGUCUCUGACGUGACUAAGGAAGGUACACACGAGUUCCUCUUCAAGGUUGGUGGCCACAAGCACACCUUCCAGGCCGCCAACACCGCCGAGCGUGACAGCUGGGUUGUCGCCAUCGAGGCUCAGGCCACCGAAGCUAAGGCCGAGAAGGAGACCAUCAUCUCCAGCGAGGGCUACAAGGCUGAGCUCGAGAAGCUGACCAAGCCUGCCGUUGUCAUUGCUGCCGCCAAGAAGACCGAGGAGGAGACCCCCGCUGUGGCUGGUGAGGCUGCCCAGGAGGAGCCCAAGGAGGAGAAGAAGGAGAAGGCCACCAAGAGCCGCUCCCAGUCUCGCAAGCGCGCCAGCAUCUUCGGUUCGCUCCUGCCCAAGAAGGAGGCCGAGGAAAAGAAGGAGGAGACUCCCGCUGGUGAGGAGACCAAGGCUGCUGAGCCGACUGCUGAGCCCUCCGUUGAGGCUCCUGCUCCCGUCGUUGCUGAGACCUCUGAGACUGCUGCUGCCCCCACUGAGGUUACUGAGCCUACUGCUGAGACCCCUGCUGAGACUACCGAAUCUGCCAAGGAGGAGAAGAAGGCCGAGAAGAAGGCCAAGCGUGCUUCCAUCUUCGGUAACUUCUUCCAGAAAGUCACCAGCCCUUCCCAGGAGAAGUCCGAGAAGGAGGCUAACUCCUUCCCUACCGAGGAGACUCCCGUCGCUAGCACUGCUCCUCAGCUCGAGCACCCCGUCGAGGAGGCCGCUGCCACCCCCGAGGCCGAGGCCUCGACUACCCCCGCUGAGGCUGUGGAGACCCCUACCAUUGAGACUCCCGCCGCCGAGCCCGUCUCCACCCCCAAGGAGAAGCGCCGCACUUCUUUCUUCGGCAACCUUGGCAUCAAGAAGGAGAAGAAGGACUCCUCCGACAACGAGCUCACUGAUGGUGAGGCCAAGGAAUCCAAGCCCAAGAAGCUCGGCAGUCUUUUCCGCAAGCCCAGCAAGGCUGUCAAGCUUGACAAGGAGGAGGCUACUGCCACUGAGACUGAGGCCAAGGCUGACGCCGCUGAGGAGGCCCCCGCCGUCCCUGCCAAGGAGACUGAAAUCCAGGAGACCCCCAAGCCCGUCGAGACCGCUGAGGACUCCAACAAUGUCAACGUUGCCGUCUCCACCCCUGUUCAGGCUGCCGCAUGA